AUGGCUAAGCCGUUCAGCAGCGUCAGAUCGGCCGCCAUCGACGGCAGAGCAUGCAACCCCUACUACAGGAAGACCCAACUUAAGAAACUCCACGACAAGCUCGUCGACAAUACCAUUGAGAUCCAAAGUGCAAUCAAGCAGGACACAGGCUAUCGGCCCGCCGAAAUACAUGCCGAAUACUGGCUUGCGCUCCAAUGCCUGGCUGACAGCUACAACUCGGUCGACACGGCGCGCGACCUCGACGCUGAAUACGCUAUCGCGAACCAGAAAGAUGCACCUAAUGCGCGCGAACCGGUCGGUAUCGUCCUUAUCGAGCCGGCAACGCACGCAUUUGUGUUCAGCCUUAUUUCUGCGCUCGGACCCGCCCUCGCUGCUGGCAACUGUGUAAUUGUGCGGGCAGAGCAGACGAUGCUCCAAACGCCACGACUUGUCCUUGGUCUUAUAGAAGAGGCAUUGGACCGGGAUCUCAUACAAGUGACCAAUGCGAAAGAAAUUUCAGACGCCGACAUCAACCAUCGACACGUUCGCGUCCUCCAGAAUGGCUCCCCCAGCGUGCCGCUAGCCAGUCAUCUGGUCUCACGUCCUGAUGCUCGUGUUGUUGCCCUUGUCGAGCGCGACGCAAACGUUCACACUGCCGCGGAACUGCUCGUCGGUGCUCGAUUUGGAUUGCGCGGCAAGUCACCAUACGCACCAGACCUCGUCCUUGUCAAUGAGUGGGUCGUCGAGGACUUUCUGGCCGCCGUGGCUCAAUGCUCCGCCCGGCUUAUAACCAACACCAAUGGUCCUGUACCUGUCGCCGGUACCAGAAUGACCGACAGAUUUGCCGACAACGUCAGCGAGAAGGGUCUUGGAAGAAUAGUCACUUCUGGGACGGGCGGUACCGUGCUUGAAUUGACGGAUAGGGCGUCCGCACUGGCACAUCCCAAACUGCGGGAACGCUCUCUUGUGGUGCACGCCGUAUCGAGCGUCGACGACGCGAUCAAUGUUUCUAAUAGCCUCGGCCGCCUAGCAGCCGCAUAUGUGUUCACCACCCAGCCUGGAGCAGCCAAAUAUAUCUGCCAGUUCCUUGACUCUGGUGUCAGCUUUGUGAACCAGCUACCAACAAGUCUACUCUUUAGCCCCGUUGCUCCAGAGCAGAAAGCGAUUGACCUGGACUCUUUGAGUCCAUAUGACCCGGUACUGUUCACGUCACCCAAGCCGCAGUAUAUAUCAACUUUGAGAUGGUCCUGGCUACUCGACGGCGUCCUGCUCGAGCCGUCGGCCGCACAGGUAGCAAAGAUUGAAAGAGAGGCGACAGUAAGAUUGCCUGAAGUACAGCGUCUCAAGAAGGGACAUGAUGUCGGGUUCUUCGACCAGGGGAUCAUAACAGGCGGCAUUCUUGUCCUCUCAACUUUAGUGACCUGUGCUGGCUUCCUUGUUUACUAUACUCGUGUAAGGUUAUAG